AUGAGUCCCGGGCUGCUGCUGCUCGGCAGCGCCGUCCUGCUCGCCUUCGGCCUCUGCUGCACCUUCGUGCACCGCGCUCGCAGCCGCUACGAGCACAUCCCCGGGCCGCCGCGGCCCAGUUUCCUUCUAGGACACCUCCCCUGUUUCUGGAAAAAGGAUGAGGUUUGUGGCCGCAUGCUCCAAGACGUGUUUUUGGAUUGGGCUAAGAAGUAUGGACCUGUUGUGCGGGUCAACGUCUUCCACAAAACCUCAGUUAUCGUCACGAGCCCCGAGUCAGUCAAGAAGUUCCUGAUGUCAACCAAGUACAACAAGGACUCCAAGAUGUACCGUGCGCUCCAGACUGUGUUCGGUGAGAGACUAUUUGGCCAAGGCUUGGUUUCUGAAUGCAACUACGAGCGUUGGCACAAACAGCGGAGGAUCAUGGACCUGGCCUUCAGCCGAAGCUCCUUGGUUAGCUUGAUGGAAACGUUCAACGAGAAGGCCGAGCAGCUGGUGGAGAUCCUAGAAGCCAAGGCAGACGGGCAGACCCCGGUGUCCAUGCAGGACAUGCUGACCUGCACUACCAUGGACAUCCUGGCCAAGGCAGCUUUCGGGAUGGAGACCAGCAUGCUGCUGGGUGCCCAGAAGCCUUUGUCCCAGGCAGUGAAACUGAUGUUGGAGGGCAUCACUGCAUCCCGCAACACGCUGGCAAAGUUUAUGCCAGGGAAGAGGAAGCGGCUUCACGAGAUCCGGGAGAGCAUCCGCUUUCUGCGCCAGAUUGGCAAGGACUGGGUCCAGCGCCGCCGGGAGGCCCUGAGGAACGGGGAAGACGUGCCCGCCGAUAUCCUCACGCAGAUUCUCAAAGCUGAAGAGGAGGCCCAGGAUGACGAGAUUCUGCUGGACAACUUUGUCACUUUCUUCAUCGCUGGUCACGAGACCUCUGCCAACCACUUGGCGUGCACGGUGAUGGAGCUCUCUCGCCAGCCUGAGAUUGUGGCAAGGCUACAGGCUGAGGUGGAUGAGGUCAUCGGUUCUAAGAGGCACCUGAACUGCGAGGACCUGGGGAGACUGCAGUACCUGUCCCAGGUCCUCAAAGAGUCACUGAGGCUGUACCCACCAGCGUGGGGCACCUUCCGCCUGCUGGAGGAGGAGACCUUGAUUGACGGAGUCAGAGUUCCUGGCAACACCCCGCUCUUGUUCAGCACUUAUGUCAUGGGGCGGAUGGACACAUACUUUGAGGACCCGCUGACUUUCAACCCCGAUCGCUUCAGUCCUGAUGCACCCAAGCCACGCUUCACCUACUUCCCCUUCUCCCUGGGCCACCGCUCCUGCAUCGGGCAGCAGUUUGCUCAGAUGGAGGUGAAGGUGGUCAUGGCCAAGCUGCUGCAGAGGCUGGAGUUCCAGCUGGUGCCCGGGCAGCGCUUCGGGCUGCAGGAGCAGGCCACGCUCAAGCCGCUGGACCCCGUGCUGUGCACCCUGCGGCCCCGGGGCUGGCAGCCCGCGCCCCCGCCCCCGCCCUGCUGA